UUUGUGAUCGUCGCUAAGGUGAGCUCAGUUGGAAUCCGAUAUUCGGCGCGAGCGAACGUUGAGCGGAGGCGAAACACGUUGACGACGAACGUAGCAACGACGAAUCGUCUCAACCACGAUUCCGGCUUUUAACGGUUGGAAACGAAUCAGACCGAAAAAUUUCCAAGCAAUCUUGUGUUAUUAAAUUAUGGCUUUUUGGCCACACGGCAAAUGAGCAAAUUACAAUACGGCAAAAGGCAGUAACUGUUCAAAGCGCGAAAUUAUCUACAUAAAUGACACGAUAAAGAGAUCUUUGUUAUGCGAGGCGCCUAUUUUCAACGUUAGGGCGUGUAUGAGAAUUAAUUUGUGUGCGAAUUGGAACAUUUUUGUGCGAUUUUCGAAGUUUUUUUGUCAGCGGCUUAUCUUGACCAUUGCGGGCCUCGCUUUCGGUGUGUGUUUUCGAAGUGGAUUGUGUGAAAGCUGUUGGCUCUUUCGAAUAGUCAAAUAGUGUUUGCUCGGAAUAAGCGAUAACAAGAAAAUGCAAAUUCAACGCAAAAGCUGCCAAACUCAAAUUGGCGAUGCAAAUUAACAGUAACCAGCACAACAACAACUGCACGGACGAGUUUUGCAUUUUUGAUUCAAAUUGAAAAUAUUAAAAAAAAAAACAAAAAGUACCAACUCUUUGAAAGCAUUCGUGCAAACGCGUUUAGCUGCGAAAAUUUUAAAUUAAAAAUUUGCAAUUUUAAUUAAUUAACAAAGUAAUAAAGACGAAAACAGGGGCCCAGCGGCUGAGCCUAGGCGUGUGUUACGGCAUGCUGAUGCAUCCAUGAUAAAAAGUCAGAAGAAUAGCAGUGACAAAGCAAAGUAAUCGAUAAAAAAUAAAGUGAAGUGGUGAAGCAACAACAAUACAAACAUACAUAAGCAAGGUGAACGCGAAAGAGGCUUAUAAAUAGCAAAAUGGUCACUUCAUGUCUUCUGCUGAGCGACAGCUGCGACUAUCCCAACAACAGCGGCGCUGUCAAAAACCGAGUGUGCAAUAGCGGCGUCGACGAGCACACAAGCGAUAAGUCCACCGAUAAAUGCGUUAUUGAUACACACCAGCGAAAUAUGUCAGAUGGUGAAAUGAGAAAUAAAACUAAUUUGACCAGUCUUCGUGUUCCAAUGAUGGCCCUUUUGUCAUUGUUGGCCAUGGCCAGCGCGCUUGCUGGCGCGGAGGGGGCCGCCGUUUACUCGAACAUCAAUUUCCUAACGAAUCCAAAAUUCGAGCAGAUCUGCAGCGUCCAGCAGGAGCAUUACAUCGAGAGCGACGGCAAGGAAUCUAGUCUAAUACUUGAAUUUGCACCCGGCGUUUUAGCUGAGAAGCGUCAUCUGUGCACACGCAUCCUCAGCGCCCCCGCCAACUACGGCUUCAUCGUACGCCUCAUUUUACCAAAGAUACGACGCAAUCGUCAUGGCGUCACGGCCAAAGCUAACGCAGACGGUGUUGUAGGACCGGCGACCGGCAGCGGCGGAACAUCGGGCACAGUUACAGCAGCAGCGACAGCGUCGGCAGAAGCUGAUGGCACGGAUGCAAGCUCUGGAACGUCUGGCAGUGGCAUGCCUGCUCUCAGCGGCAUGACGUCAUUGAUUGACAAAAUCAAUGCAUCCGUUAGCAAGUCAGCCAAGCCGACGAGAUCGUGUCCGCUGUCGAUUUUCAGCUCUUUGGACUUCCACACGCCGCAGUGGCGACUCGACCCUUGUCAGCUGGAGGACACAGCGCCGGAAAUGGAUGAUCCCGUUCGGCUGUUUCAUGGACGCGUGCGCAUAGUCUGGGAGCACGGCCACCACAAGCUGCAUUCGAAAUUGAUGGUCACCGCCUUGGGCAAGGGCGAGCAGUGCCGCAGUGAAAAGAAGCAUCAAUGCCUGAGAAUCGGUGACGAACCAAUUCUCUGCAUUUCUAAAGAUCUCGUCUGCGACGGCAUUCGGCACUGCCCGGUUAGCAAUGAAUACGAUAGCGAUGAGGACUAUGAUAUGUGUUGGAAGCGCCGGCGCUACGGUGAGCCAAUACCACCUGCCAUGGAGACCGACAUUUUCGAACAUUUUGCCUUGGAGGUUUUCCGCAAUUUAUUUGCCUUCGAUGUGCCGACACGCGGUGAGACAACGACGACCGCAACCGUGGCUGCGGAUGCAGCGUCUACGAAUGAGGGUGUUGCUGGUAGCGCGAAUAGCACAACAUUGCGCAAAGUGGACUCGAAGCAAACGGGUCAGUCCGGUUCGAAUGAUACAAGCAAAGGCGCGAGCAACGCUACAACGACCACAGCGCAAGUCGACACGAAUACCACUGAAAGCUCUGGGGGUCAUCACCGUCGCAAUUCGACACGAUCUGGCCUCAACUCGGAUCUCUCGAAGUACGGGCCGUGGGGUUAUCUCAUGCUGGGCAUGCUAUUGUGUGGCGGCGCCUUGCUGAUUUGUGGACUUUGGGUUUGCUGUUGUCGCUUAAGCUUUCACAUUCAAACCAUCCGUUCACUUUCAGCCUCUGCCUCCCAGCACGCGACCCAAAACGAACGUGAAUCGGCGCUACAGAGCAGUGCGGCUGCCGCAGCCGGUGAUCUUCAGACGGGCAGCGCCUCACCACCCAAUUACGAGGAGCUCGAUCCGCCGCCCGCCUACUCGGUACUCUUCCCCAAUCAAAAGGCGGCUUCCAGCACAACGCUAAGCUCCCUGGGCGCUGCAGCGCUCAUGCCGCCGACAAUAGCCGCCGUCGCCGUAACAACGCCAAAUGGCACAGUGAUGACAAUGUCCGCCGGAGGAGAUGGGGCUGCAGCGCCCUCGGCAGCAACAGCAACGACAACAUCCGCGGCAGCGUCCGUCUCGCCAGCAGCUAGCUCUACAACAACGUGCGUGCAGCUCGAGAGUGCAACGUGCAGCUCGCAAGCGCACUGAAGACAACUGAGAGCCCGUGUGGUACCUGGAAAAGCGACGUCGCCUAAUAUUACUAAAUACUAUAGCGUAGAGAAGAAGUUUUUCUGAUUUUCCAAAAAAACGACUGACUUUUUAGUUCGAUUUAAGAUUUAACUUAGUUAUACGACAACUAGCGAGCUCAUUUGUUAGGUUAGAAAUUCGAAAGGAUAUUUUUUGUGAAUGUGUUGUGCCCUCGAAACUUUGAUCUUGCAGCGAAGCCUUUUAAAUAUUUGAUUAAACUUUUUUAUAUGUGUCCCUGUCAGCUAAAUGAGGUGCUUACAAGGAAAUCCUGCUUUCCAAAAGUAAAUAUGAUGUCUACCAUGGGAUCCAGAAAGAACCGUUUAGAAGCUCUGAAGAGUAUAUAAAGCUCUGGAAGCUUCAAGGAAGCUAAAUCAUUGAACGAUUUGGUGAAAGCACACAAAAAUUAAUUUCGGUUAAGGAUAGUUUUGUUGUUACUUGACUACCAAACUUUAGUUUCCUAGCAGAAUAAAAAUCUGAGGCAAGCUUUUAUCCAUAUUUUAAGAAAGCAGUAUGCAUAUAUCAAUUAAGCAGACGAAAUUAUAGAAUGAAAAAGUAAAAUAAAGCUUGGAAAGCUCGAAAGCUCCUGAGAAGCUCACGCUCCGUA